GAGUGGACUGCAGAAACGCCUGCUGAAGAGAUUCAAACUGGCUACAGAGGUAGAAGAUUUUUGCAUGCAGAAAUGCCACAUUGGCUAGAAAACUGUAGAAAGCAGAGUCCUGUGAGUUAUUUCAGCAGUGAGAAAAAGAGAAGAAACAAAAUCUAGAAUUGAGAUAACAAGAGAAUUAACUGUUAGAAUACAAACAGAACCAAAGGAAAUACAGGAAAAGAGAAACAGCGAAGUGAUACUAAGCUGUGAACAAAACACUGUGCCAAGAUGGAAGUGUACACUGUGACAAUAGCAACUGGUACAUCAGAGUAUUCAGGCACCAACAACUAUAUCUUUGUGACCCUGGUGGGGGAGAAAGGGGAGAGUGAGCGCACCCUGCUGGACAACCCUGGACUGGAUUUCUGUCGAGGAGCAGUGGAUCAGUACAAGGUGACCAGCCCUUCACCUUUAGGUUCAGUGUUAUUGGUCAAACUGGAAAAACAGAAGUACUGGGUGGAAGAUAACUGGUUCUGUCAGUAUGUCAAAGUGGAGCCCCCAAGUGGAGGCAAAGUGCUGACUUUCCCAUGUUACCGAUGGCUCAUAGGAGACAUCACGGUGGUCUUAAGAGAGGGAACAGCAAAGACACAGAUGGAUGACGCCUUACCUCAGCUGCUGGCCCACAGGAAGACAGAGCUGCAGGAGAGACAGAAGAUUUACAGAUGGGUAACAUGGGCUCCAGGGAUCCCCAGAUGUAUUGAAGCCAAAACAGAAGCAGAUUUGCCCCAAGAUGCCCGCUUUGACAAUGAGAAGAGGAGCGACUUUGAACAUUCUUUGCAAUAUGCCUUGCUGGAGUUGUCUCUGAAGAAGCUAGCCAUCAGGUUUGGGAAGUCUUGGAAUGACCUGGAUGAUUUCAAACGGAUCUUUUGGAAGCUGCGAAGCCCCAUAGCUGAGUAUUGUAUGGAGCACUGGAAGGAGGACUGGUUCUUUGGUUACCAGUGUCUGAAUGGCUCCAACCCAAGGAUGAUCCGGAGGUGCAUGAAGCUCCCAGAGAACUUACCUGUCACACCAGACAUGGUGCAGAGCUCCAUGGCUGCAGGAACCAACCUGGACAAGGAACUUAAGGCAGGGAAUAUAUACUUGCUAGACUAUGCCAUUAUGGAUGGGAUUCCUUCCAACACAAUCAAGGGUAAACCUCAGUACAUCGCUGCUCCACUCUGUCUGCUGUACCAACAUCCAAAUGAAGGACUCAUACCAAUUGCUAUACAGCUUGAGCAGAAUCCAGGUCUGGACACCCCUAUAUUUUUGCCCAGAGACCCACCUCUGGCUUGGCUGUUGGCUAAGAUGUGGGUACGUCACGCUGAAUUCCAGGUGUUCCAGCUGCUGUCUCACCUACUUAGGACCCACCUCGUGGUAGAGGUGUUUUGUGUGGCUACUCUGCGACAGCUGCCUGCUGUACACCCUAUAUAUAAACUCCUGGCUCCCCAUCUGCGCUACACUCUGGAGAUCAACUGUAGAGGGCGCACUCAGCUCAUCUCUGCUAAUGGCAUCUUCAAACGGGUUGUGUCCACAGGGGGUGAUGGCCUGUUGAUUCUGGCCCAGAGGGAGUACAAGGUGCUCACCUAUCACUCCCUUCAGCCCCAGUCUGAUUUUACUGACAGAGGAGUGUCCCAGCUGCCAAACUAUUUCUACAGAGAACACAGUCUGAUGCUGUGGGAGGCCAUACACAGUUUUGUCUCUGGUAUGGUGAGCCUCUACUACCAGUCAGAUCAAGACGUGCAGGGGGACCUGGAGCUCCAAGCUUGGAUCAGAGACAUAUCACAGGAAGGCUUCACAGAGUGUCCCAACUUUGGUCUGUCCAGUAAGCUAAGCAGCAGAGAGGAACUCUCCACCCUGCUGACAGUGGCCAUCUUCACCAGCACAGUCCAGCAUGCUGCAACGAAUAACGGACAGUUUGACUGGUGUGCCUGGGUUCCCAACACUCCCUGCACCAUGACUCCCCCACCAACAGACAAAGAUUCUGUGAGCAUGGAGAUGAUCAUAGCCAGCCUUCCUGAUGUCAGUCAGUCCUGUGUGCAAAUGGCUAUCACAUGGCAUCUGGGACGAGCCCAACCAGACGCAAUUCCCAUGGGCCAGUACAGUGAGGAGCACUUCACUGAGGAGCAAGCCCUGGAGCUGAUUGAGAGGUUCAGAAUGGAACUGAAGGAGAUCGAGGGCCACAUCCUGAGUCAGAAUGAAGGAUUGCAGCUGCAGUACCUUGUCCUCCUGCCCAGCCGUAUAGAAAACAGCAUCACUAUAUAGAAAUACAGACUGUUUCUUGCAGAACCACUCUCUCUGGUGCAGACCUGACACUUCUGAGAUUUGUUGUUACUUUCACAUCAAAUGAUUUUUUACGCUGGUCUUAGGAGAGGGCUGCUGAGGGCUCAGGGGUUUGGUGGUUAGCACUGUCGCCUUGCAGCUCGAAGAUCCCCGGUUCACGUCCCCGUCUUCUCACAAUCUUUCUACAUGGAGUUUGCAUGUUCUCCCUGUGCAUGUGUGGGUUUUCUCUGGGUUCUCUGGCUUCCUCCCAUAGCAAGCAGUUGGUAACAGUAGGAAGGAAACAAACAAAAAAAAAUCUUUAACAGGGAGGAAAAUAAUCCCCUCAUCAGUACAAAAAACAGAGAAAAUGAGCAAGUGAACCAGUACAGGGUCUCACAGUUGUCAUGAUGAUGUCCAUCAAAUGCUUAGAAUCAGCAGCUGAAGUGCAGUCAGUUGAGAUUAGAAUAAAGACAAAUUUCAGUUGGAAACACUGUACAGGCAGACUGAACCAAGCUGAAAGAAAUGAAUAAUUUAAUUGAAGGACUAGCCUUAAAACACAAUUGGAUACUGGCAAAAAUCAGAGCUACAUCCACUUGCAAAGCACAGCAGUAUGCAAGAAUAAAUCAACACACUAAUCCACAACUUUUAAAUGCUUAAACAAGACUACUUUUUCACUGAGUUCCAGUGGGUAGUUAGUACUACCACAAUCAAAUAAUUCAAGCACUUGUGAUUAGAGGUAGAAUUAACUUAGUCCUAAAAACAUCAAACACUGAUCUGUUUCCACACAGUGUCCCUUUAGUUCCUGAUGAUGACAUUUAAACCCUAAAGCAGAAGUCAGUGACCAGAGAACGGGUGAAUCAAAACCCAUCAUCUUUCUGUUUGAACACUGCUGGGAGCUCUUCAGUCCAUCAGAUGGCACUAGUGCACCAGAUACUCCUGUAAAAACACACAUGAGUACAGAUGAAAGCUUGGUAUCCAUUGAUUAAACAAUAAAUAUUACACUGAUUAAGGGUUUUAAAUCAUUAUCGCCUCAUAAAUGUAACUUUUGCACAUGAUCUAUUCCAAACUGCAGUAUGUGACUUCAUUCUCAAAUGAACAACAUUUCAUUUGGAGAUUGACAUUUUCAGGUCCAUCAUUACAAAUUUCCCAGGCAAAGUAUCACAUAUUGCUGGUUUUGUCCAACAUAUUUGUGUGGUGGAACAAACAGUUGAGGUGUUCAUCAGUUUCAGGUGGUGUAAAGUCAAUCUCAACCCUGUCAUUGAAUUUGGCAUUGCUGCAUUGAUGCAAGAGUGUGAAGUGUGAUGGGGUUCUGACAUUAAAUAAUACAGUGUCAUACAGCAACAGCACUAAUCCUGUCUCUCAAAUGUUACCAUCACAACUUUUGUGAUCAGAGACAAUGACUACAUACUGUAGCAUUGCAUGAUCUGUUACUCAAAGUAACUUUGCCAGAUCACAUUUUAGUCUCUUAGAGGAACUAAAACUCACUCCAACACAACGGAAAUUGUUGCAAACAGGCCUGUUUUCACGUUUCAAAUUGAUCCUUUUUCUCCCAUCCGUCAUUCACAUUUUCGCUGACUCGUUCAGUAAGUCAAUAACCUUAAAAUGAAAACAUAAAUAAAAAAUAAAAAUCCAGAAGCUGAAUGGAAGAACUCACCUUCUGUUUGUUGAGCUUCAUUUGGCAGCAGGAGAAUGCUCCGAACAGGAUGUAGAUAGCUGCUGCUAUGAAGCAGUUGUAGCCCACCUUGUUGUACAAUUCAUAGAUCCUCUGAGGGGGGUUCGGACUAAGGGGACAGACAACAAAAACUCCAGUCUGAAAAAAGGUACAUAUCUCACAAAAACAAUUUAAUUUUACCAAAGGCAGCUGAUGCUUCCUUUGUUGCUGACAUUUCAAGCAAGAGUUCAGAAAUUGUGGAAAUUGCUUGGGUUCUCUCUCGAUUAAGAUAUCGGCACGAUUAGCCUAACUUAGCAUAAAGAUCGGAAGAAGGAUGAAUGGCAAGCCUACCCUGGAACCCAACAGGGGUCAUGAGUUUGAUUCUACUGGUUGGCUGGGGUCCAUUUUUACACGGAGAUUGCAUGCUCUCCCGUUGCCUUUGUGUUUGUUUUUUGGGUUUUUUGGAUGCUCCAGCUUCCUCUAACAGUAUAAAAACACGCAUGUUUGGUUAAGUGGUGAUACUAAAUUGGCCGUAGAUGUGUGUGAGUGUGUUUGGUUGUCUGUCUGUCUUGGCCCUGCAAUGAAUUAGUGAACUGUCCAGGUUACAGUUCCUACCUUUCACUCGAUGUUAGAUCUAGUACUACUUCAUAAUUCUAUCACCACCAGGACUAUUAGACUCCCAAAGUAAUUAGAGGCAAAUGUCAUUUAAAAUCCUCACAUGAGUAGUGUCAGUGUUAUGAUAUAGGUACAAACCUAAUUGAACACUGUCAGCGAUGCUAUUUGUUUGCAAGGAGUUAUUGAUUUGCUCAAUAAUCUUACUUAUGAAGGGAAGAUUUCCAACAGGCGUGUUAUUUACUUAUUCAAGCAUUCAGAUUCCUUUUUUUCUGCAGCAGCUUCGUAACUGUAGGUUUAAGGGAUGCUGGGGAGAUGCCUAAGAGAGGUGAGUGAUUUACAAUAUGCAACAAAUCCACUGCCGAACAGAUAAUAAGCUUGUUGGCAGAAUAUCUAAUGAGUAUGUCGACAGUUUAAGAUGCUGCACUAUUUCUUUGAAAAUAUUGCUAUUACCUGCAGAGAAUUCAGACAUAAAAAAAUGUUGUUUUUGCAAAGAGAACUAGGACCAUAAUCUCUGUUUUGGGUCUAACACUUGAUCUGAUGUUUUCAAUUCUUUGCUGAAAAAAUGUGCAAAUUCACGUAUUUCAGCUGACAGGAAAGCAGGAGUGACUGCAACAGGGAUCUGUUAACCUAUCAACAACGGCAAAUAAGUGCUAAUAAGAUUUCUAUUAUUGAUACCAGAGAGAUGGGACUGCCAAGUUCUGCAGAGCUCAGACCUGUAAAGACGGAGUAGAUGUCACAGUCAAUCUGACGUUCAGUCGUUCUCUGUCUUCAUGGCGCCUUCCUGCAUUCUCUCUACUCAGCUACUGUUGGGGCAUCUCUCCAUGGGGGGUCAGAGAUUAUUUUAACCUUAGCAGGUGCUAUUGCAUGAUGAAGUGUGAUGAGUGUUUUGGGAAUUAAAAUGACUAAAAAGCUG